AUUAAUAAUAAAUACAAUCAAAUACCAGCAAUGAGUUGGAAAUUAAAGAAAACAUAUCGCGAAACGAUUGACAAAUUAGAAACAAACAAAUCAAAUGAGUUUGACUUUGAAAAGGCCAGACAUGAGGUCUUCAAGUUUGGUAUUUCCGGUUUAAGUCAUACCGAUAAACGAGAGGCCAAAAUAGCUCACGCCAUAAGUCUCGGUGCCGUUGCACGAAAAGGCAAAAACAAGAACUAUAAGCAAUUGACAGAAGAAAGAAAAGCAGAGAAACGUAAACAAAAUGAAGACAAAGAGCAGCAAAGCACACAAAUGUCACACAAGACAAGCAUUUAUAAGAAAAAGAAAUUGAAAUCAACUAAAAAUCCAAAUGAUGUAAAAGGUUUUGACUAUCAGAUCGGAAAAUACAGAAAUGGCGUCCAAUUUGUGGAUAAAAAGCAAAUCAAGUCAUCGCGUCGUAAAAAAUGAUAAUUUUUUGUUUUGUUUUAUUAUUAUAAG